UAGAAGAUGCUGCUUGCCACUUGGCGUCGUGUGUGCUGCACCAAGCUGCUGCUGCUUGCCACAUUGGCAAUUGUCUCUGGCUAUGCUUGGUUCAUGCUGCUGCCAAAGCAGCGGCAACACAACAAGCAGCAGCAACAGCAGCUGCCAGCACCACGCCGCCCACAAUUUCGCUUGCAACAGAAUGGCAACUACUGGAUCUACAAUGAGUUUAUGCGUGCCCAAGCUGCGCCGCUUGUUGGCAACAGCAGCAUAACGCUAACCACACAUGGCAACUAUCGGGAGCUGCGCUAUCUGCAGUGGCUGCUGGUGCGCUGGAGCGCGCCCAUCUCGCUGGCCCUCUAUGUGCGGCGUGAUGAGUACGAGGCAACGUUGCAGACGCUCUAUCAGCUGCAGUACUGCAGCGCCUUGGCCAACAGCUGGUCCAGCUUGCUCUCCGUGCAGUUGGUCUUUGCGGAUGGACAGCUGCCCGCAGAUUUGCGCAGUCCCUUGCGCUCCAGGCCACCCAAUCUGCGCUGUCAAUUCAAUGACUCGAGCAGCAGCAGUUCUCAACGCAUACGCAACUAUCCCAGGCAGCUGCUUAUGAAUGUUGCGCGCCUAAAUGCACGCACUCAUUUCAUCUUUGCUCUGGAGCUGCGCAUGUUGCCCACGCUGCAUUUUGUGCAACAUUUUUUGCAAUUUGCGCUGCAUUUCAAGCCACACAAGCCUAACCAAAGCGUUUACUGCGUGCGCAGCUUUCCACAAGUUGCGCAGGAUCAGCAGCUGCCCAAGUACAAAUCUCAACUGCGCCAGCAACUGCUGCCAUAUCUCAACUACAGUCUUAAUCUGACGGCUAUGGAAACUAAAUAUUUAGCUGAUGUUGCGCAUUGGCUGCUCAAGCGUGGCGAGCUGGAGAACGACUUGGGCGUCUAUGAGAUCUCAGCGGAUUACAGCAACUGCGCUGCCUAUGUCAGCAGCAAUGCAUUUGAGCCGCUCUACGAUCAGCACUGGGGCAAAAGUUUUCAGCAGGUGAAUGCAGCGCAGCUGCAAAUUUUGUCUGGCCUUGGCUUUGAUUUCAUUGUCUUGGAUGGCACCUUUCUCAUACGGCGUCAGCCAAGUUGGCUAGCCAGUCAUCCAGCAGGCGACUUCAGCUCAUUGCUAUACAAAGACGCAGCGCUGCCGCCGCAGUUGGCGUUCCAGCGCGUCGACCACAUAAACGAACUAAUCAAAUUGAAUAAGCUGGCAUUGGGCUAUCUUUAUUGAGCGCAAUAAAGUGUGGCAGCAACUUGGAUUCGGACUCGGACUCGCACUCGCACUCAGACUUGGACUUGGACUCUAUUGCAUGGCACUUAAUCAAAUUGUCUGGUGUGGCUGCUUCACGCCGUUCUCUCUGCUUUUUUUUUGGCAUUGCAUUUUUAUAUUGCUGCCUGCUACGCUGCUUCUUCUUCUUCUUUUUAAUGCCAUUAGUGGCGCAGAAUUUUAGUCUUUAUGCGAUGUCAUUUUUCAUUUAUGUUGGCAUCGAGAUAGAAUGAGCGAGAUAAGCAGUGGGCUGCAUUUCAAAUCAGCAGCACGUAACUAGUUUAAGUCGCCCUCACACACAAAAUAUUGCUUGGAUUGUAUGUUUGGAUUUUUAAUUAUUUGUGCACUGAAACGAAAUGAAACUUAAGCUCUGUUCUGACAGUGUCAAUUUCAAAUAAAUUCCAGAC